AAGUCCCUUAAAAAAAUAGGCAACAUUAAAGUGUAUGGUUCCAGCCCGAACACGGAUUUUGACUCCAGCUGCGAGUACUUUGCACGGACUGCUUUCACGUCACCCCGCCCGUCUGCCCGUCUCCUCUCUGCAAUCUUAUAGCGACCAUCUCUUUUGAGCGCAUCUGAACUGGAGAGAGAGAUACUAAAUAGAUUCAGGCACCAACAUUUACCUACCUGCUCGAGCGAAAUACGGGGAGGACGCUCAAGUACGCGCGCGUCCACGCGCACUCGCUGAGUAGCAAGACAAUAUAAGGCAAUAAAUAAAAACCAAAAUUGGAAUUUGAGUUUUCAACACGAAGGCUAUUCCUUAAAAAUAAAAAUAUAAGAAUACAGCUUUACUGAAAAAAGCAACAGCCAUGCAUCUGAACAGAGAAGAAGGGAACAGCAAAGGGUCUCUAUCUAUCAGUGUGUUCCUGGUAUCUCUGGGGCUGACGGUGUGUGCCGUGUGGCUCGUAGCUCUGUGUGGAGUCUGCAGCUGGUGUCAACGCAAACUGGGGAAGAGGAACAAGCCUGGGGUGGAGGCAGCCAGCACCCCAGAUUCAGUUCAGAUUCGUGGCCGAGGGGAAAACAAAGCCAUCAAUGAUCUAGACAGGGACUUUUGGAAUAACAAUGACAGCAGCAACGUGCAGCAGAGAUGGAGCUCCUACCCGCCCAAGGAGUUCCUCUUAAACAUGUCCCCCUAUGCCCCGUAUGGAGACCCUCGCCUCACGCCCAAUUUUGGGGACCCUUCCCUCUCGGCCGCCUCUACUCUGGAGCACAUUCCAUCCUCUGCAGCAGCCCGUCCUCGUCCCCUGGUGCGACAGCAGAGUCUCCAGCAGCCUCUCACCCACCAGCCCCCUCCGGGCCCCAAUGACCCCCCAGCCACCUCCCAGAGCCUGGGCCAGCUGCACACAGGGCUAGGGGGCGGGGGGCACCGGGGAGGCCCGCGGGGGGUGCGGGGGAGUCCGGCAGGGACAGGUGCUUCCCGGUACAGAGGAGCAGGAGGAGGACGCUCCAGGUCCAACCCAGGCAGCUGGGACCACAUGAUGGGGCAGAUCCGCAACAGAGGACUGGAUGUCAAGUCUUUCCUAGAGGGGAAGAUGGUUGUUCUGUCUCUAGCGAUCGGGCUGGCUGAACAAGAUGACUUCGCCAACCUCCCAGAUCUACAGGAAGCACCAGCGUGCCAAGAAAACUCAACUCCACCGGACAAAUCAAGCAGGAGCCUGUGUAAACCUGGAACCCAGACCCCAGAUGAGGCAGGCCGCCUCGGGAACUCCUCCAUCACAGACCUGGCCAACUCUGUCACCACCAGCGACAUUCACAUGCUCUCUCCAGGCUCAGAAGAGGACACAGACGGGCCUGUGGUUGAGAAGCUGGGCCGGAUUCAGUUCAGUGUGGGUUACAGCUUCCAGGACUCCACCCUGACAGUCAAGAUCCUCACGGGCCAGGAGCUCCCCGCCAAGGACUUCUCUGGCACCUCAGACCCCUUCGUCAAACUCUACCUGCUGCCUGACAAGAAGCACAAGCUGGAGACCAAGGUCAAGAGGAAGAACCUCAACCCUCGCUGGAACGAGACCUUCCUGUUUGAAGGGUUCCCCUAUGAGAAGGUGAUCCAGAGGACCCUCUAUAUGCAGGUGCUGGAUUACGAUCGUUUCAGCAGGAACGACCCCAUCGGGGAGGUGUCCAUUCCCCUUAACAAGGUGGACCUGGGCAACCAGCAAACCUACUGGAAGGAGCUGAAGCCCUGCAGCGACGGAAGCGGGAGUCGAGGAGACCUGCUGGUGUCACUAUGCUACAACCCUCAAGCCAACACCAUCACUGUGACCAUCAUCAAAGCCCGCAACCUCAAAGCCAUGGACAUUGGAGGCACCUCCGAUCCCUAUGUGAAGCUGUGGCUGAUGCACAAGGACAAGCGUGUGGAGAAGAAGAAGACGGUGACAAUGAAGUGCUGUCUGAACCCCGUGUUCAACGAGUCCUUCCCCUUCGACGUCCCCGCCCACGUGCUCCGAGAGACCACCAUCAUCAUCACCGUCAUGGACAAGGACAAGCUCAGUCGCAACGACGUCAUCGGCAAGAUCUAUCUCUCGUGGAAGAGUGGUCCGGCGGAGGUGAAGCACUGGAAGGACAUGAUGGGUAAACCUCGUAAUGCCGUGCAGCAGUGGCAUGCCCUCAAGGCCUGAUACUGUAGGUCCAGUCACAUCCACCCAGACCAUCCCAGCCCCCUGCCCUGCCCUCCCACCCUAUCGUUAUGCACAAGGCUGACUCGCUGCAGAACAUGGGUACAAAUAGCCAUCCAACGCAUCCACCCUACGCAUCCACCCUCUCCUCCUGCCUGUCCUCUCUCAGAUCCCUAAUGAACUUCUCCUUCCUCUACUCCACUCUGUUAAGCCGGGUCCUUUCUGAGUCUUGUUGCUUUUAAGUUUUCUCUCAACCGUUGUUUUUUCUCCUUGGUCCACCUUUACUCUGUUUUACUCUGGAGCAGCACACUCUGCCAGCCCUAGGGUGAGCCCCAGGAAUGAUCGAUAGAGAGAGAGAGGCAAACCAAUGGAAUAGAAGAGGGAUGGACUGUCUGGAUGAUAAUGGAAUUAGACGUGACACUGUCACUCCACCCCGUUCAUCAUCUCUGAUCUCUUUCUCUCCCACCACUGUAGUGAUUCUUCCCUGGCUGGACCCCCUUGUUGUCUGUGCGUGCUGUGGGUGAUGUGCUGUAACUCCAAAUGAAGUUCUAGAUGAAAAAAGGAGAAAAUGACUGAUCAUUUACACUGGUCCAUGGGGGAAAUGUAAAAAGACGUUCCUAUUUUCCGGAGAGAAAAAAAAAAGAAUAAUGACAGAAAAAGAGUAAAGUCAUCAAUGUUGUGUUUUGUUUUUAAAAAG